UCAGGCCAGAGAGAUUCUCCACUGCCUGAAGGACAAGUACUUCAGGGAGCUGCAGGACCUGGAGGUAGACGGCCAGAAAGUGGAAAUGCCGCAGGCGCUGAGCUGGUAUCCGGAAGAGUUAGCAUGGCACACAAACUUGAGUAGAAAAAUCUUACGCAAGUCGCCACAACUGGAAAGGUUCCACCAGUUUCUGGUUAGCGAGACAGAAUGUGGAAAUAUCAGUCGUCAGGAGGCUGUUAGUAUGAUCCCACCUCUGCUGCUUAAUGUUAAGUCUCAUCAUAAGAUUCUAGAUAUGUGUGCUGCACCUGGAUCUAAGACUGCACAACUCAUUGAAAUGUUGCAUGCAGACAUGAAUGUUCCUUUUCCCAAGGGUUUUGUAAUCGCUAACGAUGUCGACAACAAGCGCUGCUACUUGCUGGUUCAUCAGGCUAAGAGAUUAAACAGUCCGUGCAUCAUGGUAGUAAAUCAUGAUGCCUCCAGCAUUCCUAAUGUACAAAUAGAUGUUGAUGGAAGAAAAGAGGUCCUCUUCUAUGACAGGAUUUUGUGUGACGUCCCCUGCAGUGGAGAUGGAACCAUGAGGAAAAACAUUGAUGUAUGGAAGAAGUGGACAACACAGAACAGUUUGCAGCUCCAUGGAUUGCAGUUAAGAAUUGCAACCCGUGGUGUUGAGCAGCUGGCAGAAGGUGGGAGAAUGGUGUAUUCUACGUGUUCGUUGAAUCCGAUCGAAAAUGAGGCUGUGAUUGCAUCUCUGCUGGAAAAGAGUCAAGGUGCCUUAGAACUUGCUGAUGUCUCUUCUGAGUUGCCAGGUUUGAAGAGGAUGCCAGGAAUUACAAAAUGGAAGGUCAUGCUGAAAGAUGGACAGUGGUUCGAAGACUGGAAAGAUGUGCCUUCAAACAGACAAACACAAAUACGUCCCACUAUGUUUCCAGUAAAAGAUGAAGAGAAGCUGAAGGCAAUGAAUCUAGAGCAUUGUCUUAGGAUAUUGCCACAUCAUCAGAACACGGGAGGUUUCUUCGUGGCUGUGUUAAUUAAAAAAUCUCCAAUGCCGUGGAAUAAACGCCACCCUAAGGUUCAUCAGAAGUUCCCACAAGGAACAGGAGAUUCUGAAGUGACAGCAGCUCAUUCAGAUAAUGGUUCUGAAUGUAUCACUGAAGAACCAACACUUGCUGAGAAUGAAGAGUCUAAGAAAACGCAAGAAUCGCAGAAUUCGGACACCGAGCAAAGCAAAAAGGAAGGAGUAUGUGGACCACCACCAUCUAAAAAAAUGAAGUUGUUUGGUUUUAAAGAAGACCCUUUUGUGUUUCUCUCUGAAGAUGAUCCAUUGCUUCUUCCUAUCCAGAAGUUUUACGCAUUGGACCCGUCGUUUCCCAAGAUGAAUUUACUGACUCGAACUCAAGAAGGAAAGAGGAGACAGCUGUACAUGGUUUCUAAGGAGCUACGGAAUGUGCUUCUGAACAACAGCGAGAAGAUGAAGGUUAUUAACACGGGGAUAAAAGUCUGGUCUCGCAACAGCGACGGGGAACAGUUUGGAUGUGCGUUCAGAUUAGCACAAGAGGGAAUUUAUACUCUGCAUCCAUUCAUUCAUGCAAGGAUUAUAAAUGUCUGCAUAGAAGAUGUUAAAAUUCUGCUAACCCAGGAAAAUCCAUUCUUAAGUAAAUUCAGCAGUGAAACACAGAAGAAAGUUAAAGACAUGGCGAUGGGAAGUAUAGUUCUGAAGUACCACCCAGACCCUGAAAAACCUGACGAUCUUCAGUGUCCUAUAGUGCUCUGUGGUUGGCAAGGAAAGACAUCGCUCCGUGCCUUUGUGCCCAAGAAUGAGAGACUCCAUUACCUGAGGAUGAUGGGAGUUGAAGUGUUUAAGGCAAAGAGGAAAGAGGAGGAGGAGAAGGAAGGUAAAACGGCAGAAGAAGUUCAAUGUAGGCUGGCACAAACAGAGGAAGGAAUGGAUAUAGAAGAUAAAGACCAAGAUUUAGUCACAAAAAUGGAAGCAGAAAUAGGUGAAGAAUCUUCCCACAGUCCUGUGGAGAGCAGUGCUAUGGAAGUAGAAAAUAAAAUAGAAGAUUUGGAUCAAUCUAUUAAAAAUGACAGCAGUCACGUAAGCCAGGAAAGCAAAGACGCGGAUGCGAGUACUGUGAAAGAUUAGGUUUCUCUCUCUCUUACUUGGCAGCUUCCAUGAGGCUCAUGUCCAGACUUUUGCAUGGAAGUAUAUUUUAAAAAUUCGGUUGGAAUGGUAUGUUCCCCUUUUAAAAAGUUUCGCCUAUUUUAUUUUUUAAAUGAAAACUAUAAAGAGAUUUCUCUU